CUCCGUCAUCACAGCAAGCCUACACCACCUGAACAAGAGUCAAGUAAAAAAUUCGCAAUGUCUUCUCCAGGUUCCUCACCCGUUCAUAUUGACCAUAACGCUAUUCAUCAUGCUUCUGUCCCUGCAGGCCUAAGCUCUCUGCAAUACCAGCCAACGACUGAAACUACAUCUGAAACUUUACCGCAGCCAAUUACAUGCACUUUAGCCCAGUCAGAUAUCAUUCAAAUAGCCUUGCAAUUAAAAGAAAUGAUACAUUGUGAGAUCGACUACACUAUCAAAGCCACAAUAGACCAGUACAAAUUUGAAAUCGAGAGGCUUAACAAAGAAAACCAAUCGCUGCGUGAUGACAUGGAUGCGUUAGAACAAUAUAGUCGACGGGACCUAAUCCGUAUCAACGGCAUUCCAGACGGUGGAAUAGAUGAAUCUUCCCAUCAAACAAACGAGUUAGUGAAAGAACUUAUCCAAACCAUCGAUGAAAAUCUAACACCCGAAGACAUCAUUCGAUCUCAUAGAAUUGGUAAACCACGCACAAGGGAAGGCAAUGAAGACGGUCGAGUUAGCAACAAGUUUCAGCCUCCUAGACAAAUAAUUGUCAAGAUUAAGGAUCAUAAUGUUAAAAAGAGGAUCCUUAGAUGCAGAAAAUUUCUAAAAGGUAAAACACAAUACAAGUAUGUCAGAAUUAAUGAGGACCUGACUAAGCCGAGGAACGCCAUUGCAUACAAAGCCAGACAGCUCAGUAUUGAGCGUCAUCUAAGAGACACGUGGACAGUUGAUGGGAAAAUUUAUGUAAAGGACAAUCAAAUGCAAGUCCAUGUUGUCAACACAAUGCCAGCGUUCCUACGUUUUGUAUCGAUAUACUGCUGUCCUGGUUCCAUGGACUUCCUUGAUAGGCUAGACUACAACAACAAACUAAACAGACGCGAGUACACACCACCACAACUCAUAACAUAUGCGGAAGCACAAGCGAAGGAAUUAGCAGAGAGAGCAUCUUCAAAUACAUCAGCUGAAAACACGAGUGUCAAAAUGUCAUGA